AUGUCUCCGAGUAACAACAGUGCGACGCUUGGCGUGGCGCCAAUAGGGCGUACGGCCGGCCCUGUCGGUCGUCACCCUCCAGCUCACCACCCUCGGCAUCCUUGCGACCGGCUAUCAGCACAGCCCGACCAACUGAUGGAGUAAGUCUACAGAAUUUCAUGAUCCCGCUUUACAACGCGUCUUUGCAGGUCGCCGGUCAAACGCAAAUUUGCCCUUUGCGAAGUCCUCUGA